AUGAUUUUGCAACCUCCAAUCCAAAUUCCCACGCCCGAUCAUACAGUUUUUUUAUCUAGAUCUCAUCCAGUAGCCACAGACGUUGAGGAUUUUUUUGUAGCAAGCCUUUCCCUUGAACAAGGUACCAGAUUAGCAGCCAAGGUUUUGGAUGGAUCUCUUAGGUUGUUGGAUGUCUGUAGUACUCCAACUGCAAUAGACAUUCAGUUGUAUUUGAAGGAAUCUGUUGAUGAUCCAGAACGGAUUCUUCAGAGGAGCAGAGGCGAAGAAUCUAUCCAGGAAUUCAAUUUUAUGCUAUUUGCAAAAGGAAGAUCAAGAGGAUGGCUAAAGUCCUCCAAAGAAGCACCAGUAUCAGAAUCUUCCAUAUGCACACAGUUGGCCAGCCGCAGAAAUUUGCAUGAAGAUAUUAAUAAAUUAAUUCAGCUUCCAUCUCUCCAGAAAGCCCUCAUCAUUGAAAAUAUGGCCAGUGAGUCGCUCGAUAGAUCUCUUAAGCUCAUUGGCAUUUGUGGAAUUGCCGGUGAUAUUAUAUUUUUUACGAAGGAAUCCGUUCAGGAACUCGAAUCUUCUUUGAGGAGAAAUAGAGGCAUUGAUGCAUAUAUGACUUCAAGAAAACAGAAUAACAGAUUGACAAAAUGCUACUAUCUGUCCAGCAAGCCCUCGCUGAAGAAAAUUGUCCUGCAAAGUUUCUUGAUGGAUGUCAAAUCAUCUUUGAGGAGAAAUGAAGGCGUUGAUGCCUAUAUGAAUUCAAGAAAAACAUCGACAGAAUUGGUAACCAAAAAAUGGUCCCUGGUUUCUAAGUUCACCCAAUCAAGCCACGUACAUUCUUGGACAGAAGAUGAGAGCAAUGCUCAGGAAUUGUAUGCCUUGAACAUUGAAAAAUUACAAAAAGACGUGGACAAAUUAUCUGUGCAAAAUGUCACAAAGCUGUUGAAAGAAUCAGAAAUGACCAUCCAGGAACUUGAAGAGAAUUUAAAAGCCUUCAUUAGGAGUUUAGUCAAAACUAGAGUUUCUCUUCUCAAUGUACUCAGCCAUUAG